GAGGGGUCGGGAUAGGAGUCGAAGGCUGAGGAGUUAGUGAAGGUAAGAGCCCGGCCUAGAAAAGCCGGCGGAGGGAGGAACCCACGGAGCCCAGGAGGAGGGCGGAGGAACGUCCGCCUCGGCGCGGCCGCAGACCCGACGGGCUCCCAGGGACAGACGCCCGGGCCGGAACUGCAGCGGCCGCGCGAGAAUGGGCCGCCCCGGGACCUAGCGCGCCGCAGCACGGGCCGCGGCCAGGGUCGGGCGGAGCCGCCGCGCAGCUGGAGCCAUGAACGGGGACGCCAUCUGCAGCGCGCUGCCCCACAUCCCCUACCACAAGCUCGCCGACCUGCACUACCUCAGCCGCGGCGCCUCAGGCACGGUCUCGUCCGCCAGACACGCGGACUGGCGGGUGCGGGUGGCAGUGAAGCACCUGCACAUUCACACGCCGCUGCUCGACAGUGAAAGAAAUGAUAUCUUACGAGAAGCCGAAAUAUUACAUAAAGCAAGAUUUAGUUACAUUCUUCCAAUAUUGGGAAUUUGCAAUGAGCCUGAAUUUUUGGGCAUAGUUACUGAAUACAUGCCAAACGGAUCAUUAAAUGAGCUUCUACACAGAAAAACUGAAUAUCCUGAGAUUGCAUGGCCAUUGAGAUUCCGCAUCCUGCAUGAAAUUGCUCUUGGUGUAAAUUACCUGCACAAUAUGAACCCCCCUCUACUUCAUCAUGACUUAAAGACUCAGAAUAUCUUGUUGGAUAAUGAAUUUCAUGUUAAGAUUGCAGAUUUCGGUUUAUCAAAAUGGCGCAUGAUGUCACUCUCCCAGUCACGGAGCUACAAAUCUGCCCCCGAAGGGGGAACGAUCAUCUAUAUGCCACCUGAGAACUAUGAGCCGGGACAGAAAGCGAGGGCGAGCGUGAAGCAUGAUAUAUACAGGUACAGGCUGUUGUUAUUUUUUUUUAGUUGAAACGUAAAAUUAAUCAGCCAGAAUUUUCCAGCUCCAUUUUGUAAGAUUUUCUUCUAAGAACUUACGGUGAAAAUAAUAAGUCCACAAUGGUUGAUGUUUUUCAAAUUAAACCCUUUUACUUUAAGCAGUUUCAACAUUGUUUAAAACUAUGAAGGUGUUUAGUUUGUCCUGUGAAUAUAUAACACUGCUCAAAGGUUUUCAGCUUAAGUGACUCAGGAAAGUAUAUAUAAGCAACAGUCCAUAAUGCUUAAUCACUGUUACUUACACAUUACUCACAUGAACUGCUUGCUACUGGGUUUAAGAAGAAGUCAUAAAAACAUCUUUUCUUGAUAUAAAGGUAUAUAUGCUGAUUAUAUAACUUUCUAGUCAAGACAUAUAUCAUUUACUACUAAAAGCACUUUCAUUUUUACUGUUAAUUAUUUAUUAAAGAUUGAAAGUUUUCUGUUGCUGAGGUGGAAGAAACAUUGAUCAAAUGCAAGCUGGGGAGGACAGCAACUAUAAACAGAUUGAGAACUCUGGAGGCAGGAGCUGAUACGGGGGCCAUGGAGGGAUGCUGCUUACUGGCUUGCUUCCCCAUGGCUUACUCAGCCUGCUUUCCUAUAGAACCCAUGACCAGUAGCCCAGGAAUGGCCCCAAC